ACUGAACCGUACCUAGAGCAUGUAGAGGGCGCGCGCGUUUCAUAUUCCCAGAAAAUUAAUUGGCGUCAGAAAGCUGUGGCGUAGUUUUCUUGUUUUUGUUUAGAUUUUCAUCAUUUAACCUUAGUUUCAUCAUGUCUUCUUGCGAGCGGGAAGUUGUAAAGAUUGGCAAGCAAUUAGACAAACUUCUGAAGAGUGAUACGGUAUCUUUGGAUGCUUUAGAUCAUCUCAACAAAUUGAAGGAACUUCCCAUUUCACUGGAGAUUCUACAGAAGACACGGAUUGGGAUGUCUGUAAACUCCCUGCGCAAACAGAGCGGUAGCGAAGAUGUGAACACGCUGGCCAAGUCGCUCAUCAAGGGAUGGAAGAAGCUGCUGACAGCCCAACAAGGUCCAAACAAAUCUAACAGUUCCCAGGAGAAGAAGAAGGACAGCGGUGAUGAUUCCCGUGAACCGUCGCCUCCCCCACCUAACGGGAGCGGUGACGGCAAAUCCAGUGGGUCUGAGAAGGGCAAGAGCUUCCCCCCUGCUAAGACGAAUGACGUAGUGAGGGAGAAAUGCGUACAGAUGAUUGUUGGCUCGCUCAAAGUACCUAUUGAGGGUUGCGACACAGAGGUGUUGGGGGACGUCGAUGAAAUCGCAGCCGAGAUUGAAGAUUGUGUCUACACCGAGUUUGUCAACACCGAUAUGAAGUACAAGAAUCGCAUCCGAAGCCGUGUCUCCAACCUGAAAGAUACCAACAACCCUGAGCUGAGGAGGAGGGUCCUGACCAGAGAAAUCACCCCGGAGCAAAUCGCCAAGAUGACCUCUGAUGAAAUGGCGAGCAAGGAGCUGAAAAGCAUCCGCGAUGGCAUCACCAAGGAGGCUAUUAAGGAACACCAGAUGGCCGUCACUGGAGGCACCAAGACCGACCUACUUAAAUGUGGCAAAUGCCUUAAGAGGCAUUGUUCUUAUAACCAGGUGCAGACAAGAAGUGCUGAUGAACCCAUGACGACAUUUGUAUAUUGCCACAACUGUGGGAACAGGUGGAAGUUCUGUUGAUGUCGGCAGAGUCUUCAUGUAAAUCGUAAUCCUGUACAUUCUGUAAGGUUUGUAAUUUCACUCACUGCUAGCCUAAUGUGUGACUGCAUUUGUCGACUGGAUCGUCCAGACUUUACACAUACUGGGUACUGACAUUCAAACAAUGGAGCAAAAAGGUAAAAACCUUUGCAGUAUUAGGUGUUCCGUAAAACCAUGAAAGUUAAAUCAAGUGCUUGUAGUUAUGUACUGUAAAUGUAUACGCAUGGUUACAUCUGGAUAAAAUGACUGCAAUAAACGAGGGUAAAACUUUGCCGUUCAGUCUUACAAAUGUUUUUGAAAAUCUGAGACAUGCUUCUGAAAGAUGUCUUGUGCCCUAGGACUAUCGUUGCAAGUUUUUGUUUUUGCAUUUUGCAACUAGUGUUCUGUGCUAGCCUAUAAAAAUUUGAAACAAUUCACUUCUUGUUGUUGUUUUUUUUGCCUGAUGAACCCCAAUGUCAAUUGUACUUUCCUUUAUUUCAUUGUGAGAGUUUGGCAUCACGUUAGAAGAGCAAACACAACUGGUCAUAAGACGACGUUAAUAUGACACAUGUUGACUGUUGUUAGAGUGCUUUGCCAGAUAACCAACUGAAAACCUAGUUCAUUUGUCUUUGUUCAUUUCUGAAUUUUGUUCCGUGUUUGACUCUUUGCUUUGUGACUACUGUUAGAAUGAUACUCAUAAUAUUAAGGGAAUUCAUCACAUGAUUCAUUUUCUUCCAUGAAAAAAAAAAACAUUUUAAGUUCAUCCUGUGUUUCUCUUUGGUCCCCUCCCUAACUUAUUUGUAAAAUAUCCGGAGAAGGGAAGCAACCAAUUUGGAGUUGCAUGUUGGAAUAAUUAAGCUGUGUCCUGUUUCUUCUUCUUCUUUAUUUUCCACAGUUUUGUUAAAAACCUUGAUAAUUACCUCUGAAUGGUGAAAAAUAUGUAAAUUUACAUUAUUUAAAAGUCCACUUUUUUUUAAAUGCCUGAUUAGAAAUGAUAGAAUAAAUGAGUAGACGUUUAGACACAGUGUGACAAAGUUGUACAAAUUUUAGGUACUUUGUAAACCAACAAUUAAAAGUCUGUCCAUUAACAGAAA